AUGAGUGCUCGAACACAGGACACUGGACACCCCGAGGGCAAUAAGAGGACACUACUGGGAGAGGUGACACACAUACCACGUACACAAGAUUGUGCUCAUGAGCACGUCACUGGAGCAGUGUGCUCGUUAGAAAAGUGGACAACAGAGAGCAGAAGUUCCUUGAAGUGA